AAGUAUCCUUACGCAUGGAUGGUUCAACACGUCCAUUUGGAGGCACCCCACAUAGUUCGAAAAAGAAGUAUAUCACAACCUCUUAGAAUUAAAGUAUUUUAUGAUAAAAGUGUUUACAGGUUACCUACUGAAAAGUUUGAAGUGAUAAAUCUUACAAUCCUGCCUCAAGCCCUGGAAUAUUGGCAGAAAACUCUUUCAGUCAGACCAAUGGGCGUUCCGAUUAGAUUAAAUAGAAAAUGUCCUAACAACCAAGCUUUCUUCCCUGGGGACGCGUCUCUUCAGCACUGCAAAGAGCGUUGCGAAAAUGUCACCACUUGCGGCGAAGUUAUUGUUCCCGAGGAACAUUUAGAACCUUGCCGUGUAUGUAAUUCUGCAGGACAUUUCUGCAAAAUUUCUAUACCUGAGGGCCCAGGAAUACAGGAUGCAGAUUUUGUAUUUUAUGUGUCUGCUAUGCAGACUGACCGAUGUCAUAAAGGCCAAACAGUUGCAUAUGCAGCACAUUGUCAGCAAGAAGCUGCUCUAGAUAGGCCGAUAGCUGGUCAUGCAAAUUUGUGUCCUAAUUCCAUAUCUACAAAACCUCAAGAUUUAGAUACUCUUUUAUCUACAGUAAAACAUGAAAUUUUACAUGCAUUAGGUUUUUCAGUUAGUUUAUAUGCAUAUUUUAGAGAUGAAUAUGGAAAUCCUUUAACUCCCAGGGGAAGAAAUGGGAAGCCAAUGGUAAACAAAGUGAUCCAAGCCCAUCAAUGGAGUGAACGAGUCAUUCGAGAAGUGGAGAGACGAGACUGGAAAGUACGAGGAAAAAAUGUGUUAAAGAAAACUGUCAAAAUUGUUGUAACUCCUAAUGUGCAGAAAGAAGUUCGAAAGCACUUUAACUGUUCGUACUUGGAAGGAGCUGAACUAGAGGACCAAGGUGAAGAUGGGACUGUUCUCACUCACUGGGAGAAAAGACUGUUUGAGAAUGAAGCUAUGACUGGAACUCAUACUCAGAAUCCAGUAUAUUCUCGGAUAACAUUAGCUCUUAUGCAAGACACUGGGUGGUAUGCACCAAAUUAUGCGAUGGCUCAAGAGCUCAAAUGGGGUAAAAAUUUAGGCUGUGAUUUUGCAUUUAAAAGCUGCAAAGAUUGGAUUGAUUCGAGACGAUCUAGAGGUGAAAGUAUACACCCAUACUGUGAUAAAGUCAAAAAAGAUCCUCUGGAAACAGAAUGCACUGAUAGUAGAGAUUCAGUAGCUCUAUGUAAUUUAGUUGAAUAUCCAAAAGAAUUGCACCCUAAUUUUCAAAAUUUUGAUUAUAUCCCUGGGGUACCAAGUUCAGAAAUAGGAAAGUACGGUGGAUCAGUUAGCCUAGCAGAUUACUGCCCAUAUAUACAGGAGUUCACAUGGAAAUCUAACAAUAUAGUUGUUAGAGGUUCUCAGUGCCAGUUUCCAGAGAAUAUGCCUCAACCUGAGAAGAAUUUUGCCCUAGAGUAUUAUGGACCAGGAUCAAAAUGUUUUAAUCACAACAAAGAAAUGUGGGAAGAAAGGACAUGCCAGCAGGUUCGACAGUGGCAACACUGGGGCAGCGGUUGUUAUAAAUAUGAGUGUGCUUCUGGACGUCUUAAUGUGAUUGUGGCCAAUCAUACUUACACGUGCUUCCAUACUGGCCAGCAGUUAAAAAUUCAAAUAUUUUUCCAAGGAUGGCUUCACAUAGGCACCAUUGUUUGCCCUCCCUGUCAUGAAAUCUGUGGUGAAAAUGAUAUUAAUUGCCAACCAGACUCAGUCAAAUUUUACUAUGCUUCAGCAGACAAGAAGUACCACUAUGAUGAACUGCCUUGUGGUAGUAUGUGCCUCAGUUCAAGCAGCUCAGCUGUGUUAUUUUUCCUUGGUCUGUUGUGGCAUCUAGCAAGGUGAAGUUUAAUUGGUUUAAGAAAAAAAAAUUACCAUGGUGCUUUCUUGACAAUACUUUGGUCAGUUCCAGAGAAAAUAAGUAUGGACAAACAAACAGAGGGCUUUAAUAUGGCCUUAACUGUCUCUGCAGUUGUUGAAGUACUGAGUGUGUGCAUUAUCCAUAUAACUGAGUGAUUAUGCAGAGACUUUAAUUCAAAACUGGUCAAGAGCAUUUAUCACUUUUCUGUAAACUGUGCCGUUGUUAAAUUAUGAAAUAUUUUCAGAAAGUGGAUUUGCUAUAUGGCUUAUCUAGCCAUGAUUUAUUUUUAGUUUUGGUGUGAUACACUUUGGUGUUAGAAAUAAAUUUUAUUUAGUAUACAAUAUACCAGAAAUUGUAUGCUCUGAUCCCAGGAGCUUUUAUAAAUCAAGAAAAAAAUAAAGUUUUUUUUUUUAGUUUUACUUAUAAAAAUUGCUACCAACUUUUUUGGUAAAAUUUUACUACUUUUAAGAAUUAAUUGUCCUCAACACUUUAUUUCAUUGUUUUAUGGAUUUCUAUAUACUUAUUUUUUUAAUUUUGUUUUAAUGAUAAAGGUGAAUGUAGAUUUCUCCUUAGGUUAAAAGUUUCCCCCCCCCUAAUGGAGUUGUCACAUAAAAUUUCAGAAAUGAACUGAGAUGUGUUUUGUGAUAAAUCUGUAUCCUGUUAUUUACUUUAAUUGUACUCAGUAAAAGAAAUCAUCAGAAUUAAGAGUUAUAGUUAAAGGAUAAUAGUGAGAAAAUUUACUUUACAUUUUGAUGUGUUAAAAAGAUAUACUAAUCUUCCAAAUGUAAAUAAUUAAAUAUGUGCUCUAAAUACUUUUCAAAAUAUUUAUACAACCUUGAAAAUGUUUUCAAGUCUUGAUUUUAUAAUUUUUAUUUAUUAUAGUUAAGCAGAUGAAUACACAUGCAUCACUUGUUUCAUUUUGCAUGAAAUGUAUUUUUAGGAUAACACAUUUUAUCUGUUUCUUGAAAUCUAAUUUGGUUUUAAUGUUUUUUUUUAAUUUAAAUUUUGUAAAGAAUUAAAGCCUUAUGAUAACUCCUAUGCAUUAUAUAAAACAUAAAUACUUGAAUGCAAUAUUAUGUGUUUAUCAACUUUAUAAAUGUUGAUUCGUUUAGUGUUUAACCAUUUAAGUGUGAUAAAGUAUUAACUUUUACUUCAUUAAGUGUUGUUGUAUUUAUUUUUUAGCUUUUUAUUUAACAACUUUUAUUACAUAUUUUGCCUUUGUUAUCUUUCAUUUCUUAGAACUUUUAUUUUAACUCAAAGAAAUUAUAUGCUUCCAGUACAAAUUUAGGUGAAAUUAAUUUUCAAAUUUUCAUUAAAGAACUUAAUUACAACUAUUUAAAUUAACUUUUUCUCCUUAAUUUUGCAUCUGCAAAUAAAGCUACUUAAUUUAUGCUUUUUAUAUAGUUUGAAUAUAAAAAUUUUGAAAAAAAUUGGGAAAAUUUUGCUUCGUUUCCGUUAAAAUGCUGCUAUGGUUAAUUUAAUCAUCUUUUGUAAUUUUUUUCAUUAUUUUGCAUUAUGGCAGUGGUUCUUAAACUCAUUAAGAUAUAUACCCCUUAAUAAAAUUUAUCAAAAUAAUAAGUUUUCAAAAAUUUUUCUUAUUAUUUCAAUUAAUUUUAAAUGCAACAAAUUAAUUUGAAGUCAAACAAAUCAGUGAAAUUUUUGUUGUUUGACUUUUAAUUUAAUCGUUGUUCGGCAUGUUAUUUUAACCUAAACUGCAACAAAUUAUUUUGAAAAAUCCUACUUUCUCCUGCCAACACAUUUUUUGUUACUAAUUUUGCCUGAGAGAAUUUAUUCAAAAGUUUCAGGCAUUUUCUACAAGUUUGUUCAGACAUGAAGAAAAAAAAACAAAAAAAAUUUAAGUCAAAAUUUUCAUUCUUAGCUCCAGUGUUAAAGCUUAUGAAAUAAGGGUCUUACUUUCUGUUCUUAAACUGAUUUUUGAAUUAAUGUAUUUCUUCAUGUACAUUUUUCCCUCAUGCAUAUUCCUUGCCCCUAAAUUUCAAAAUGGAUUCAUGGAUGUAGUGAUUUUUUUUUGUCUUACUAGAGACAAACUCUCGUAAAUUAUCUAUGAAGUUCAUACACAACCUUUCCCUUCUAAAUGUAGAAUUUUAUGCCACAAUUCAUCACAGUGAAGCAAACACAAACUGACAUUUGGUCUAUGAUUUUGCCACAUCAAUUGCACAUUCAUCUCCUCUAAUUAUUUAUGGAUGAUCAGGAAUAGAAAUAAGACUGGGCCAAAUUUAAAUUACAGGAAGUAGAAAUGACGAUAUCUCGUUAAAUAUUGGUAUUACUAUGUAUUUUUAUUGAGCCAGGUCUCUUUUAAAGAAAUAAUAUUAUGAUACUUAGCUGCAGUUUAUACCUGACUACUUUACCGACCUACCUACUACUACCGAAUCCUUUGAAAAUUAAAUUAUUAGCAUAAUUUUCCACUGUUGAUUUUUGAACAAUAGUCAAAAUAAGGUAAAAUGAGGAAAAAUUAAAAUAUAUGAGUUCCAUGGUCUUCAUCACACCACUUAGUGGCCACUGGAGGGAAUACAACAUUCCGUAAAUAAUAUGCAAAUAAUAAUAAAAAAAUAAAAAUAAAAAAAAAAA